CAGAAUGAACAUCACAGUAUUUUGAGGAAUAUAGUCUUAUUCUGAGGAAGUACAGUCAUCUGAGUUUUCAGUGAAAUGGACACAAUUAUUUUUUACUCUCAGUGGCAGAGUAAACAAACAUAAACGCUUAUAUCGUAUAUAUCGUGCAAUUUGUAAGAUGUAGCUGACUUUCUGUCUGUGUGAAACUUUUCUCGUCAGCAACGGAGAGAUGUAAAAGGAAAAAGUUCUAAGCGUUUGGGAGUAUCUCGGUGGGAGGGAUUCUUGCUGCAGGAAACGUAGGUGGCGUGCAGAGCUCAGAGGCUGAGUUUUCCAAGCGCGCAGCUCUGGAGACAGGAGCGCAUCUCUGUCUCAGACACCUGAUGAGCAUCUCCCAAACUCUUUAAGUCAGAGGACCUAACCUCACAGUAGAUUGCUAGGGUGUUUUUUGGUGGAUUUUAAGAGAAGCUAAGAAGCUUACUGAAAUUUGGGGAUCAUUAACAGGGAAAGGUUUUACUACUGGACUUCAAGAGAUGGCACUGUCCUUUCGACGCAGGUGUUUGCUUUUGCUGUGUUUGACAGCUAUCCAGAGUGGCCAUGCUGCCGUCCAGACGUGCAUGGAUAAGCACCAGGUAGUUGGGGUGCUCCGUCAAAUGGAGAAGUUCCUGAAAGGCCAGGAGAUACGAUUUACUGAGGGUCUUCGGAUCAUGAAGUCAAAGCUGGCAACGCUUCAGAACUCAGUCUCCAAGUUACCUCAGGCAGAUCAGUCGGCUGCUCUCACCACCUGCCCCUCCCUUGAAGCCCCUGCUCAUGGAACCAAGUUUGGCUCAAAGUAUUUUGUCGGACAUGAAGUCCAUUUCACUUGUUCCCAGGGUUACAGUCUUGUCGGUUCUGCCACACGUGUUUGCCAGGGCAAUGGCACCUGGACUGGCAUCACUGCCGUCUGUAAAGAUAUAAGUGAGUGUGCAAGUAAUCCCUGCCAAAAUGGAGGCACCUGCGUGGAAGGUCUUAACCAGUACAAAUGCACCUGCCCCCAGAACUGGAGCGGCUCUCACUGCCAGCACCAAACCCAGACAGCACCACCCGAGUGGAGUGUUAUGAAUGAUCCCGCAUUCAGUCGGAGACCUCGCUGUGCCCAAGUGAACCGAGCUCAACACUGCAGCUGUGAUGCAGGCUUUCACAUGAGUGGCACGUCUGACAACAGUAUCUGUCAGGAUGUAAAUGAGUGUGAGGUGUACCGGCUGGACCAAGGAGGGAAGCUGUGUGUCCAUGAGUGUGUUAAUGUUCCGGGCUCGUACCACUGCUCUUGUCCCAGCGGCUACAAGUUGCUCACAGAUGGGCGGAGCUGUGAGGAUGUGGACGAAUGUUUAAGCCAACAGCACAACUGUAGCAGAGGGACAACUUGUAUCAACACGAGGGGAGGCUUUCAGUGCGUCAACCCAGAGUGUCCCCGUUCUCAUGGCAACAUCAGCUAUGUCAAGACAUCUUCCUUUCAGUGUGAGAGAAACCCCUGCCCAAUGGACAGCCGUUCCUGCCACCUGGCUCCUAAGACUGUGUCUUUCCACUACCUGUCUCUGCCCUCCAACCUGCAGAUUCCCGCCACGCUUUUCCGUAUGGCAACUGCGGCCGCUCCCGGGCGCACUGGGCCCGACAGCCUGCGCUUCGGCAUAGCAGGCGGAAACUCCAGAGGCAUCUUUGUCAUGCAGCGUUCAGACCGACAGACUGGUGAGCUGAUACUGGUCCAGCAGCUGCGCGGGCCGCAGGAGAUCAGCAUCGAUGUGGACAUGUCUGAGUACAGCGACCGCACCUUUCAGGCCAAGCACGUGGCCAGGGUCCACGUUCUGGUUUCGCCCUACAACUUCUGAGAGCAAGGUUUGGGAGGAGGAAGACUAGAAACAGAGAGGUGAAGAGGAACAAGAAAGAGUGCGUAAUGGGAACUGAUUUUACUGAUACUGUUUCUUCAUCCCCUAUCAGAAUUUUAAUUGUCUGAGCAGCCAGUCAUAGGCCAUCAUUUGUUCAGUGGGCAAAUUACCAAGAGUGCGAGAGUGACAAGCCAAUAUUUAACAGUUAUAUUAUGAAUAUAACAAUAUAUGGCAAAACACAUCAUAGAUGCUUCUUUGAGUAGUGUCAGUAUGAGCUAUGACUGAUGAUGUUUGACUGAGUGAGUCUGAAUGCAUGAAUCUCGCUAAACAAAACCAUAAUGAGUGGGUUGGGAGGGAUGGAUGGAUAACUAUUUUUGUCAUUACUGUUGCUUUAUGUUUGUAGUUCUAUGUCCAUCAUAGAUCAUGUCUGAGCGGCUCAGGGUCAGGCCCUGGGACUGAUGCACUGCCUUUGCUUUAUUGAUGAUAAAUCCCUAUAAGACAUUAGUGCUCCUGUGGCUCUAAUUUAUUGGAAAUAUUGUUGCUGGUUUUUACAUUGUAACAUACUGAACGCUACAUGUUUAUCUUCCAUCAUAUACUGUAUAUUUGUUUUUUGUACUAGCUUGCUGGCACCAGUCAUUAUACUAAGGGAGUUUUUAAAACAGUAAAUGCAGUACUGUACCUGGGCAUAUUGUUACUCAUAUUCUGUAUGUUACCCAGAAAUAGUCUCAUUAUAUUCUAAAUCAUAGAUGAUUUGGCAAGCUUGCCAAUGCACUACAUAAUUUAUCUGGAAUUUUAAUUGUCUCUGCAUAACUGAAAUAAAGGCAGUCCAACAUUUCA